AUGGAGGACUUGGGAAAGCGUCUGACGGGGAACGUGAAGGCGCUGGAGGAGGCAGCAGCAGGAGAAGAGACGACACUCAUCUCCGCUGUCACCCUCCUCUUUGAAAAGGCCAUCGCUCAAGCAUUUCCCAUCGUACCAGAGUCCCUUGAAAAGAGUCGCUGGCUUGUAGUUCAGGCCACUUCCGACGCCAAGCAUGGUGACUAUCAGUGCAACUCAGCCAUGGCAAUUCACAAGAUCCUCAAGGACAAGGUUGUCUCUCAUGCCUUGGCCGGUGUGGCUGACGCGCCAAAGGCUCCCCGGGAUGUGUCGGCGCGAAUCGUGGAAUGCAUACCGAAGAACAAAGUGCUUCUGAAGACUGAGAUCGCAGGACCAGGCUUCAUCAACAUCUUCUUGGACCCCGCCUUCAUCGCUGAGUCUUUUGCCAAGAUCCUCAAGAAUGGACCGCAGCCUCCAGCCAGCCAGCCGCAAGAGGUUGUGGUGGACUUCUCCUCUCCCAACAUCGCCAAGGAAAUGCACGUGGGACAUCUGCGAUCAACCAUCAUCGGGGAGUCGAUCUGCAGAGUGCUGGAGUUUUGCGGACACAGGGUCCACCGCAUCAACCAUGUCGGAGACUGGGGUACACAGUUCGGGAUGCUGAUCAACCAUCUCAGGACUGCCUACCCCAACUUCCACGAGCAGCCGCCAAACAUCAGUGAUCUGACCACGUUCUAUAAGGAGGCGAAGAAACGAUUCGACGAAGACGCAGAGUUCAAAGAAGCUUCGCGUACGUCGGUUGUCACCCUUCAGGCGGGGGACCCGUACUCCCUUCAGUGCUGGAAGGCCUUGUGCGAUGUCUCGCGCAUUCAGUUCCAGAUGGUCUAUGACCGCCUUGAGUGUGCGGGACUCGUCGAGCAGGGCGAGAGUUUCUACAACUCGCGCAUCCCCGACGUUGUGAAGGAGCUCACGGCGAAAGGGAUGGUGGAAGAAAGUGAUGGAGCGAAGAUCAUUCAGUGUGGGAAGCAGUUUCCUCUGAUGGCUGUCAAGUCUGAUGGCGGGUACGGCUACGAUAGUACCGAUUUGACGGCGGUCAAGUACCGGUUGCAGGAAAUGAAGGCGGAUCGUGUGAUCUACGUGACAGAUGCGGGGCAGAGCGAGCACUUCGAGAUGAUCUUCCAUGCUGCCAAGAGGGCUGGAUGGUGUGAAGGAGGAGCUCGCCUUGACCACGUUCCCUUUGGUCUUGUCCUCGGCGAUGACAAGAAGAAGUUCAAGACGAGGUCAGGGGAGGUCACGAAGCUCGUGGACCUGCUCGACGAAGCCGUGACGAGAUCCCUGACCCACCUGCGCGAGAGGAUGAACACGGAAGGAUCCACCACGCAGAUGGCAGAGGGCGACCUGGAGGAAGCGUCCAGGAGGAUCGGCUACGGUUGCGUCAAGUACGCGGACUUGAGGCAGCAUCGGAUCUCUGACUACCAGUUCUCGUAUGACAAGAUGUUGGACCUCAAGGGCAACACAGCCGUCUACUUGAUGUACUCGUAUGCAAGGAUCACGUCCAUCAAGGCUAGAGCUGGCGUCAAGCUGCAGGACCUUGCCAACGUCCUUCCUAGCGUGCAGCAUCCCAAGGAGUAUCAGCUCGUCCUCCACAUCCUCAAGUUCCCAGAGGUCGUGGAGCGCGUUGCUGACACGUUGCUGCCUCAUCUCAUCUGCGAGUUCCUCUAUGACACUGCAGAGAAGUUCAACGACUUCUACCGCGACUGCCACGUCAUCGGAGAUCCCCUACAGUCACAGCGUUUGGUGAUCUGUGAGGUUGUGGCAGCAGUGAUGAAGAAGGGAAUGAGUCUGUUGGGCAUCACUCCGCUCGAGAAAAUCUGAUGCGAGUUGCUGGCUUCUCAUAUAAACUUACAAACUCG